AUGGACGACCUUACCUGCCUUGGCUGUUCAAAGGCUUUCCCGACCCAGAAAAGCCUCAGUAACCACGAGGCUCGGUGUGACGCCAGCAAAAGCCUUGACGCUGAUGUCUAUAAACAGCAGCGCUGCCUGGAGAAGCAAAUGCGGCGGAAAAAUAAGAGGAAACGUGCUCAUGACGAGUCUGCCUCACCACAAGGCCAUAGAGACACAAGCCGUAAUGCUCGUAGGUCAUCUCUGAGUCCCACUGACCAGAUGGAUGUCGAUGUUGUCGACAACAAUCAAUGGCUUGAUCAUGAUGCACAUGAGGAUGAAAACAUUGCAGGACCUUCUAACACCAUCAUUCCUGAACCGGAGCUCCCAAUCCCACCUGUCCCUGAUGCGCCUGCUAUCACGUCUGCCCGUUCUGGCCGACGAAUCCACUUGCCUGCUCGCUAUGCGGAUUUUCUGCCAGCUGGACCUACCAAUCUCCCGCAUAUACCUCCCACUCCAAAUAGCCCUCCUAACCGAUGUAGAGACUCGCGUUCCUGCAGGCACAUAUGGGCUCAUUUUACGAAUUCUGACAUCUGGCCUUCAUGGCACAACUCGCACCAUCAUCCACUAUGA